AUGGAUAAUGAGGAUUUUGACUUGUAUGGUGAUUUGGAUGAAGCACUAAUUGAACCUUUACAAGAAGAAGUGCAGAAAAAGCAGGCAGAAGAGCUUGAAAAACAGAAAAACGAUGAAAAUUUUCGUGAAAAAACUGAAAAAAUUAUAGAUGAAUUAAAAACUAGCAAUUUUCAAUUGAAAAAGAACAUGUCCUUGCUAUUGGCAACUGCUAAAAGCGAGAUUGAGAGAAAAGAUCAACAAAUUAAGGAUCUGAGACGGGAGAUGGACGAAGUCUUAUUCAGAAAGAACAAAGGAUCACAAAAAAAGACUUGUGAUAAAUGGGCACAAACUGAUAAAGUUGAAUUUAAUGAUAAUAGAAGUAAUUCAAGUAGAUAUAACGAAUCAAAGUUGCAUGACCGACACAAGCCAAAGGAACCAGCAGAUUCUGACAGACACAAGAGAAAGUUGUCACCAGAGAGAAAAUAUUCUGAUGAUUAUCGUAAAACAUCACAUAGAGAUGAAAAUGGAUCUAGAAGUAAAAAUUAUGAAGCAAAAAGUCGUAAACUAAGCCAUGAAAAUAGAUCGAGGUCACCUGAAAAGCAUGAAAAGAAAUCUAAACAUGAAUUACGUGAAGAUGACUUACGUAAAACACUUUUAAAGAACAAAAAUGAUGAUAAAGCUGGUUCCAGUAGCAAAGAGUCGACAAAAAAAGCUGAUGAAAGGAGAGACGGUAGUUCUGGACGAGAUAAAAAGGAUAAAUAUAAGGAAAAGGAUAGAAUUAAAGAGAAGCAUAGCAUUAAAAUUGAAAAGACUGACGAGAAACGUGAUAAAAAGAAAGCUGAGCAAAAAGUCGCUAAGGAAAAAGUAGCUAGUCCAAAAAAGAUUAAAGAUAAAGUUUCAGAAUUGAAGAUCAAUGUGGAUGUAGCUGCUGAAAACACAAAACCUUUUAAUGGCAGCAUCAAGCAAGAAAAUGUUGCUGUGAACUCUAAUGAUAUCCCUAAACCAGAAAAAAUAUUGGAAGAAAUGAUAGCUGGUUUAAAAUCAAUUAAGGAAGAAAUUGAAGAACCUAAAUCUAGCGAAAUUUCUAUCUCCAUACCCGAUAAAACGAGUUCUUCAAAGAGUGUUGAGACACAGGUGACAACUGUUGACAAAACAGCACUAGAAGACAAAAAUGUUGAAAUAAUGGAAGUGAUGCCAAGCAAUUUGAAUCUUUCUGUGGAAUCUGAGAUAAAUGAAAGUUCAGUUCAGUCUGAAAAAGUUACACAUGAAAAUUUUAAGGAAGAAAAAGAAAUCUUGAUGCCUGAUAAUCCAAUAGAAUGCAUCACAAAAGAGAAAAUUCCAGUGAAAACUGAAGAACCAGAACCUAAAAAACAAAAAUACGUGAAAAUUUUUGAAGCCAAAAUAUUUCCAAGUGCAAAGGACAUGAAAAAUGAUGGAGGGUCCAAAAGUGCUCAAAAAUUCCAUCCAAUCAGUAGAAUAACUAGCAAAGAGCUACUUCCAAUAUCUGUUACAAUUGAUAAAUCUCCGAUAUUAGAACAAGAAAAAUCCCCAGACAAUAUAAUUAUAACAGAAGAAAUAACUGCUCCUAUUACUGAAAUCAUGCAAGAAAUAAAGGAAGAAGCAUUCGAUAUUCCAGUUGUUAAAAAUGAAAUUAAUUCAGCUCCAGAAUCUCUUAAUGACUCGUUUGAGUCCACGAAGGAAAAUUCAUUGAAUAAUUCGUUUGAAAAACGAAAACACAAGAAACGGAAGAUUACAACUGAAGUGGAAGCUGAUGGAACUGUUGUGUGGACAGUCACUAGAAAGAAGCGUAAAACCAAGGAACAAAAUUGA